GUCACAUCUAAAUGACGCUGCUGCUAACGCUAACAGCUACACAGACUACAUUUCUACAUUUUACCUGUUCUCUUUAUCACUAAACAUGCUGAUUAUCACACUGAAAACUCUACAACAGCAAACCUUUAAAAUAGAAAUAGACGAAGAGCUGACGGUAAGGGCUCUAAAGGAGAAGAUAGAAUCUGAACGGGGCAAGGAGGCGUAUCCUGUCGCUGGUCAGAAGCUUAUUUAUGCAGGCAAAAUCCUGAAUGAUGACGUACCUUUAAAGGAGUACAAGAUAGAGGAAAAGAACUUUGUGGUGGUCAUGGUGACUAAGCCAAAACCUUCAGCCGCUCCUCCUGUGGUUGUGGUUCCUUUCCCUGACCUCCCAGCUCAGCUCCUUUCUACAGCCGCCCCCACCCCGUCUGCCCCUCUAGCCCCCGAAUCGACCCCGACACACUCGCCUACGACCGCACCCGUACCAACCCCGACACCCACGGUCACCCCUGGUCCGGCUCCCGAACGCUCACCCAGCCCUCCGCCUGCCUGUGCGCCCGUACCCGCCUCCGCUGAGCCGGCACAAUCGAUAGAGCCUCCCGCACCUCCUGCUGAAGCGCCCCCUGCUGCCCCGGCUCCCGGUGAGGAAUCGGGAGAGACCGUCGAGACGAAUCCGGAGGCUGCACCGGCAGAACAACCGCAGACGGCUGAACCGGAGCAGCCUGCGUCCGUCCCCCCUGCGGAACACUCAGCUGCCAGCAUUAUGGAUGAUUUGGGUCUUCUGGAGGAAGCGGCGUCGAUACUUGUCACAGGACAGGCGUAUGAGAAUUUGGUGACCGAGAUCAUGUCCAUGGGCUACGAGAGGGAGCAGGUCAUCGCAGCCCUGAGAGCCAGCUUCAACAAUCCGGACCGGGCGGUGGAAUACCUGCUCAUGGGUAUUCCUGCUGAACCAGAGCAGCCUGCACAGGAACCUGCACGACCCACCCCAGAAAUAGAGAGACCCCAACCUCCACCAGCAGCCACGGGUUCCAACCCGGCCCAGGCCCCGCCGGCCACCGCCAACCCGCUGGAGUUCCUGAGGAGCCAGCCGCAGUUUCAGCAGAUGCGUCAGAUCAUCCAGCAGAACCCAGCGCUCCUGCCCGCCCUGCUCCAGCAACUGGGCCGGGACAACCCCCAGCUCCUGCAGCAAAUCACGCAGCACCAGGAGCGAUUCGUGCAGAUGCUGAACGAGCCGAUGGGAGGCGAGGCCGAGGCAGCAGAGGCCCAGGGAGCCCCACAGACGAAUUACAUCCAGGUCACACAGCAGGAGAAAGAGGCGAUCGAGAGGUUAAAAGCUUUGGGUUUUCCAGAAGGACUCGUCAUCCAGGCCUAUUUCGCCUGCGAAAAAAACGAGAACCUGGCCGCCAACUUCCUGCUCCAGCAGACCUUCGACGACGAGUGAAUGUAACGAGGACUGAACCCUUCUCGGGGGCGCCGGAGAGAAUGAAAUGGCUAGUUUGCGUGUAGCACGAGCGCUUGAUUCAGACGUCUGGGAGAUUAUAAAUGCAACCGCGAGUUUUCUGUGCUGUUUAACAUGGAGAGAAAAGCCAUGCCGUGAAUUACUCUAAUAUCGGAGAUCCCACGCCGGCCUGUAUUAGAUUAGUUCACGUAGACGGUAGUCUGUGUGUCCGUCUCUGCUGCUGUUAAUGCCGAGCGUGCCGUGUGAGUCUGCAGGUUUUUAUCUUCGCUCUUUAAUUUAUUGUGAUUAAAUCCUGCCAAAAGUACAAAAA